CAUGUGGCACUGGAAUCGCAUAGACCGUCCGGGGUGGGGCGCAGGAACUUUUAUUGGCCUCGGAUGUGGUGUGAGUCUUGCUGCAGGGAUACUUGCGUGGUGGGAAGCAAGGAAGAUCAAGCUUAUCGAGGGCCCUAAGAUAUUGGCACUACCGAAAGGAGUUGAGAGCAAUAGGGAACAGAGCCCGUGAUGACUUCUCAAGGAUAUGUUGGCGAUUACGAUCAUAUGUCACACUACUACACGGCCACAA